AUUUGAUGAUGAGUGGGGUGAAAGCUUGCGAUGGCGCGAGUUCACGAGUGCAAUCUGCAAAUCGCCGCGCGCUUGCGCAUCUCUCACGCUCAUCGUUUAAUCCCCCCCACAUCGUUGGUGCCUCUCCCUUCGCACACACCAACCUUCAACUGCUCCCUCGCGUCGUUAUCAAUCCACCGCUAUCAUCCUCUUCCUCCCUUUCAUCCUCCCACAUUGCUCUUCGCCCUCGACCAAGUGCCAAUUUCGUCCCCAACAGGUUGCUAGCAGCGUCGCUCUCGAGCAUCUUUAUCGCGUACCCAUCAGCGUAUCGACAAACAGACCUGCCAGCUCGCACCGCACCGCACCGCACCGCACCAUGGCAGUCCUCAGCAUCUCCACCCCUCCGACCUCACCGCGAAGCACACCGCGAGCAGUCAAGGCAGAGCUCAGCGGGCAGAACCCCCAAUCACCUCGCUCACCUCUGCGUCGCGCUCUGUCUGUCGCCCUGUUCCGCAGCAGCUUCAGCGCCGGUCGCGAUGCGCCGUCCGCAUUCUCCGCCUCUUACGAAGGAGCAUCACCACAAUCGGCGAGUAGAGCCGAGCGGAGCGAUAGUCCCAAGAGACCUUUCAGGCGCAUCUCGCUCUCGCGACCCUCCACUGCUCAAUCAGGCGGCGACAGCAGUCGCCUGGCAGUCUUGAAUCGUUCGCGACGUAGCAUGUCCGUCAACGCGCCCAACGCGCCAGCAGGAAGCAGCAGCGGCGCGUCCUCACCUGCGCCGGCAGGCUCGGCAUCCCCGGCUUCAUGCAGCACCGAGGCCUCACUGCUCACACCGUCCACGACCACGAGUGGCUUCUCUCUCGGCACGCCUCGCGCCAUCACUCGAGCCCGUCGUCUCUCACAAAGCAUUCAGCAUAGGCUUUCACAAGGCAGUGCAUGCAGCACUGAUCAGAUUGUCUGCAAGCUCGAAGAGAGUUACCAGCCUAAUGCGGUGCCCCAACAUGCCACGGCGAAGCCCGCCAAUGGGGAGCGCAGGCGCAUGUCCACCUUCACGGCGUUCUUUCCAGAUGUCGCCGCCGCUGCAAUGAGCAGAGGAUCCAGCCUCAACACGGAACGGGGUCAGCAGCCCAGGUCCAGCAUCGACACUACCACGCGCCGCCGUUUGAUCCGUCGAUCGAGCGAUGAGAGCUUUCAAUGUCGCGGUCUGGAAGCUGACGACAGCGAUAGCUCGAUGAGCUGCCAGUCCUUCCCGAUGAGCGAUCAUGACAAGAUGAAUGCGGGGCUAGGCAUGUUUGAAGCCACUCCCAAGCGCAACCCGGUUUUGAUCGCACCAAGCGCAACGGAGCGGAUGAGUCAUUUCACCCGUGACGCUCAGCAAUCGCUGGAGGAGAGCGAGAUGACUGCGAGCAAGGCAUCUUCCACAGCGUUCCUGCCCGGCUUGCUGGGGCUACGACGUAAAUCAGGUGCGACGACGGGCUCGGCAAGGACCUCUUUGAUGCGCGCACCUCUUGCGGAGGCGGACACGAACAUCCCAGUGCGCCCACGUCGACCCGAUUCUUUCUACUUCAUCUCGCCGUCGCCCAGCUCGAUUUCAAGCUUUACACACGAGCCAAUGCUCGAUGACGAUGAUAGCCCUGAGGAUGAAGCGAUGGACACUGAUGAGGAAGUCGACUCUGCCGCUUUGGCCAGCGAGCAGAAUCCCUGGUCACCUACCUGCCUCCCCACUCCACCCUCCUCCAUCCGUCUACGUUUGGCCUUCUCGCAAGAGCCAGCGAGCCCGUCGCGUCGUAGCAGCGCUGGGGGUCUUUCACCAGCAUCCCUCAAAGACGUCUUCAUCGGAAACGCGGCAUCAGCUUUGGAACUCAAAGAGCUGAUCUCUGAGCGAAUCUCGACCGCUCAAGGCUUCCUGCUUUCACCCCGUCAGCUGAGCCUGAGCGUCGAGUUGCCUUACGUUGGCGCCGCGGCCAAUGUCCUGCAAACCCAGUCUGGUUCAGCAUCUGCCCUCGGACUCGAUCUCGAUCAAAGCACUUGCAAUUCUCAUAUGGUAGCGGAGGCGAAUCGCAAAGAGCUGGACAAUGACGACUUGCUUUAUCAACAAGGUCUUGUCGACGACGAUACGGUUCUCGUCCGCGUGCGACCAAUCUAUUCGCAAUUCAUCUGAGGCGCUCAGAAGUCGCUCUCACAAUUGCGAGAACUCCCUCUCGGUCCCGCUCCGCCGUCCAAAUUCUAUACCCUUCGUGCGGCACCUCAUUUCGCACUCUGACCUGCUUCGUGUUUCCCCUUUCAAACUCGUAAUUAAAACACCAUCCGCUGCACAAUUACCUUUGUUACCCGCAUCGCAUUCACGUCACCCUCGA